AUGGUGACAUCUGGAUCAAUUCUUCUGCCAAAGGCCAUGUCUGGGUCUAUGACCCUAUUAAAGUUUAUGUUGAUGAUCCAGGCCUAUGUUAACACCAAACACCAUGCAGAUGUUCCUGGUCUGGACUGCUGCCUGAGUCACUUGCUGAGCUGUCCUAACCAGGCCACCAUAUUCAAGAGAGCUGGUCGUGCCACUCUCCUGAACAGCAGCACAGUAAAGCUAACUCUGGUUGUAGGACAAGAAAUAAAUACUACAACAUAUGAUGAUUACAUUUUGAUCAGUCAAAGUAGGGAAAAAUGGAAUCAAGGACAUUUUGCUUUGACAUUUCCCAAAACACCUAUGCCAGAUAUAAAGAAGAAAUCAGGACCUUCAGAAUUAGAAGUUACAGUUUCUAGACAAGAGAAAAGAAAAAUUGAGGAAGGUCAGAAACCUACUCAUGUAUGGAUAAAUCAGUUUGUAAGAGAAGUUUUCUUAAAGUCAUCCUUUUCUCUAGCUUUUAUUACACAGGCUCCUCUCAAAUAUCUUUAUAAUCCUCAAACCCAUUAUAUAAUGGCAGAAACUAGAAAGCCCAAAGAUGAUAAGAGAAGAAAAACUUUGAAGAAAAAUUUCAAGGGAAAAAUAAACUCAUGUGUAAUAAAUCUGGAGUCCAUGAGAACAAUAAUCAAUGGUAAACCUGAAAUACUAGACAAUACAGAAAAACAUCCAUCAAAAUCACCACAUAAAAGUAAAUUGCCUAAAAAGUUAAAUUCUACAUCAGAAACAAAUCUAGAAUCCAACAAUUCUAAGAAAACCUUGAAAAUGAGUUUGAGAAAUGACAACAAAAAUUCAAUGAAUUUUAUUUGGAUGGAGAAUGCAGCCACAUGUUGCAAGGACAAUCCUAACACAGACUCUGAGAAGAAUGUUGAGGAAUUUUCUGAUGAGAUAUCAGAGUGUAUGCCCAGCUCAAAUAUGAAUUUAAUAUUGCGUCUAAAUGAGUUCAGAUCUGAAUUCACAGAUAUUGAUGAAUGGUCAACAAAUUGCUCACAGAACAAUGCAAAGAAGCCUUCAAAGAAGGGUGCAAAGAAGGAAAAGGACUCAGAUAUUGAUUCUGGAGACUCAAAAGAUACAAAGAAAAAUACAAAGAAAAAAGAAAAGAAAGAAUCCAGGAAAAAGAAGGAUACAGAAUCUGAUGCUGAAUCUGGUGACUCCAAGGAUGGAAAGAAAAGAAUAAACAAAGAUAAAAAAAGGGAAAGCAAGAAAAAAAGGGAUACAGACUCUACUGGUGGUGAAUCUGUGGAGUCCAAGGUUUCAAAGAAAGAUAAGAAAGAAAAGAAGAGUCCAAGCAAAAAGUAUACAGAAUCUUCUGGUAGUGAGUCUAUAGAUUCAAAGGGUGCAAAGAAAGUAAAGAAACAACCAAAGAAAAAUGUCAUGAGGAGUGCAGUUUCGACUGAUUCUGAAUCAGAUGCAGCAUCAAAGAAGGGCAAGAAAGAUGAAAAGAAGGAAACUAAAGGGAGGAGGAAGCCUGUAAAGGAUACAGAGUCUACUGAUGCUGAUUCUGAAUCUGAAGGUGACUCAGCAGGUAAAAAGGGUGAAAAGAAGGAUAAGAAAAUUACAAAGAAAGGAGAUAAGAAGGAAACAAAGAAGAAUGCAGCAUCUUCUGGAAGUGAGUCUGAUUCGGGAGUAAAGAAAGAAAAGAAAAAGAAAAUAAAGGACGUGGGGAGUUACACUGAUUCAUCAUCUGAUACAUCUUCCAAGGCAGGCAGAAGGAAAAUUUCAAGGCGCUCAGAUACUGAAUCUGAAGAGUCAUCAGAGCUGAGAGUUGUAAAGACCACUGAUGAUUCAGAUGCCUCAUCCACAGACUCAAAGAGAGGAAUGACAGGAACUAGGAGAGGAUACAGAACAUUAUCCAAAAAGACUACUUUCAGAGAAAAGGGGAAAAGAAGUUUGGCUGCUAGAAUCCCUUCAUCAAGAGAAAGACUACCCUUUCCUCCUUGUGAGCCUUUUAAAGCAUCACCUAAGCCCAUACGUGUCUGUAAAUGCAAGAAAUCAUCUAUACCACCUCCAAAACCAAGACACGCUCCUUUGCCUGGAGUGGAGUGGAUUCAUAAGCUGCUCUGA